AUGCCGCUUUGUCGUGCUUCAACUCAGUGGUGCAUGGCCCUGGCUUGUGAAGAAAUCCUCAUGGGAAAUGUUGAAGUCUUAACCGAAGUCUCCAACAUUGUAAAUCUGACGGCGGUUGCAGAGUCAGCACAGGAUGAGGACCAGCAGCUGCUGUCCCCAAAGGAAGGAGUCAAGGUCCUGAAGGAGAAGAGGAGGCAGUACUCAGUGGGCACAGGUACCAUAAAUGGCUUGCCGGAUGAAUUAUUAGAGAGAAAGGUGCUGAACCAAGAAGAGAUGGAGAAAGUAAGAGAUGAAAAUGCUACAGUUAUGGAUAAAGCCUGAGCUUUGAUUGAUGCUGUCAUUCGGAAAGGGCCCCAGCUUGCAGCUCCUCAGCCAGUGCAGGACAACCCAGCUAAGCUCACAUUCUCAGCUCCAGGAAGGAACCUCAAGCUUUGCCCCCUUGAAACAGCCCAAAGGAUCUGGGAAGAACAGUCAGCAGAGGCGCCAUGCUCAGAACACAAGGACGGAGGCGGGUGA